UUUUUUUUUUUUGAUUUUAGGUAAAAUGUUAAAGAAAAAAAAAUACAUGAGAAGUCCUAAAAGGAAUAAGCUGUAAAAAUACGUGCAACAUCUGGACAUUUACUCUUCAUUGUGCACCAGAAAUGGCUUUUUGUAUCUGUCAUAACUGGUACAACAUCAGACAUGAUACCAGUCUUGACAACACAUCCCUGGUCGCUACUAAUCAAUGCUGUAUGUAACUCACAAGUUCAGACCAGGACACGAUGACUCACUGCCCCAACAGAGACAGUCACUCACUGUGAGGUCCUGGGGCUCAUGGAAACAAAUAAUUCAAAACACUCAAAAAAUAUAAACUAUUUACAGGACAGGAUAUUUAACCUCCCAAUAACACAUGACCCAUUCACAGUCUAUAACGACUGCUAAGAAUGAGCUGAGUACUGUACCAACGCCGACAGUGCUGAGAACCAGUUACCAUGCCAUUCAUCCCUGUGUCAAGAAUUUACUGUCUCUCUUUAAAACGGGGUGAAAGAAAGAUGCCUAGGUACAUGUGAAACUAGGGCAUUACAGUCUAAACGUGGCCUAAAAGAUUAACCUUUGCCAAAAAGUCAUGUCAAAUGUAGUCCUGCUGUUUUACAGUACUGUAUAGUGGAAGGCUAAUUUAUUUAAUAUUCAAUCAGACUUUCCCCAUGCACACAUAGCUUUACUAACAGUAUAUAAAUGAAUGGGGUGGUUACUUAUAGCUGCAAAAUAUUAAACAAAGUGUAAACACUUUCCAAAUUAAACUACUGUGUGUAUAGACAACUUUAAACGUGUGAGGUCUGAGGACACCAGCGAAAAGUAAUACGGUUCAGACCAUAGACAUAAGACCGCACACACUAAUUUGUUUAUCUGUCGGGUCACUUGGUCACAGAUGUCUACGUCACUGGCCUGCCCUCUGCAUUCAUGGCAUUCCCUUUAAUAAUUUAUGAAUGCCUUGUCCCCUACGUCAUGCACUUCUCUAGCGAGGAAGUCGUCUUAAUGAGAUCCCGUAAAGCACACACACACAGACAAUACAAUCUGUAAUAAAAUCAGCAGGUCGCUUUUUGAUAUUUUUAAAAGGGUCACCAGUAUGUACUGCAUUCUGUGUUGCAUGACCGAAACCUAGGAAUACAACGACAUUCUUACAGUAAAUUUUCACCUCCAAAUUAUAAUAUGUCCUCGAAUUUUAACCAAAGGCUAAAAGGUCUCGUUGUCUCUGGAGGACUAUCCAAGAUGUCGGCGCCCAUGGAGGUAGUGGUCUGCUCGGAUUCGGCCGGCCAGCUCUGGAACUGCGCGGUUUUCGAGCUUCAUUCCGGGACCAACCUGCUCUCAUACCGGGGAGGCAACACCUCGGCUCGGGGUCUCGCUAUCCUGAACGGGGAACACCUUCUCGGAGCCCAACUCGGCAAGAACUACAUCAACGUAUGGGAGAUCCAGAGAAAGGAUCAACUGCAGCAGAAGAUUGUGUGCCCUGGGAUUGUGACCUGCCUGACUGGCUCCCCCAAUGGCCUGUACCUGCUGGCUGGGAUUGCAGAGAGCAUCUACCUGUGGGAGGUCUCGACUGGCAGCCUGCUGGCGGUGCUCAACAGACACUACCAGGAUCUGACCUGCCUGCGCUUCACUGAUGACAGCAGCCACUUCAUCUCAGGAGGCAAAGACAACCUGGCCCUGGUGUGGAGCAUCUGCAGUGUGCUGCAGGAAGACCCAUCUCAGACUCCAGAGCCCCGGCAUGUCUGGGCCCGGCACUCCCUUCCCAUCACAGACAUCCACUGUGGCCUAAUGGGACCCCAGGCUCGUGUAGCCACUGCCUCCCUGGACCAGACUGUCAAGCUUUGGGAAAUCUCCUCAGGGGAGAUCCUGCUCUCUGUCCUCUUUGAUGUGGGGAUCAUGUCCGUCACCUUCGACCCCUGCGAGUACUCUAUGUUCUGUGGUGGCAGUGACGGCAACAUCUUCCAGGUCACUCUGUGUGGAACGAAUCUCCAGCGAGACAAGAGCUUUCAGACCGACCAGGAGGGGAGUCAAGUGUUUAAGGGACACAGGAACCUAGUGACAUGUCUGUCUGUGUCCAUGGACGGCACGCUGCUACUGUCGGGCUCCCAUGACGAGACUGUAAGGCUGUGGGACAUUCAGAGUAAACAGUGCGUGAGGACCGUCAACCACAAAGGCUCGGUGACCAAUGCCUUUAUCAUGCCCGCUCCUGCAAACAUGUUCCAGCCGGACAGCCGACCCACUGUGGGACUGCCUCGCUUCACCCGCCACCUGAACCCCUCGGAGCCAGGGGAGGGGAGCGAGACAGGGGGGGUCAGCCUGCGGUUGGGGCUUCAUAUGCAGGGCACUGAAGACUCGUACUUGGAAAAGGCUGGCAAGUUGCAUGCGUUGAUGUGUGCAGCCACAGACAAGAGUGUGUUCGGAAUCGGGGAGAAUACCAAGGUGCGAGUGGCGGAGCUGGAGGAUGAGGUGAAGAAGCUAAAGAAGAUCAACAAGGACCUUUACGAGUUCUCAGCACAAAUCCUGACCAAGCCACACUGAACCAGGGGUACAUUAAGCAGUCGGAGGGUCUCCGGCUGGUUUCACAGACUCCAGUUAGCUCCUAUUCUAGACUAAUCUAGGUCUGUGAAACCAGCCAGAGUCGUGUGGUCUGUUCGGCUGUGUAAAAAUCCAUUUGCAACUGAUGCUGUCAACUAGGGAGACUCAUUGGGCUUGAUUCUCAAAGAUACUUACUGUAAAAGGAAUUCAAGACAACUUAUGGCCUACUUAGAGGAAGCUAAAUGAAAUAUCUGGAUUGUUUAUUUCCAGUUUGGUAAAUUUAUUGGGUGCGUUUUUCCUAUUGACAGUUUGGAGUGAAUCGCUAUCAGAAUCUGGUGCAUUUUGUCUAAUGGUGCCAGCAGCUUUUCUCAUAUAGGAUUCUGAUACACACAUACAGCUGUGACCAAAAGUUUUGCAUCAUCUAAAAUUUUAGGAUUGAAACCAAAUAACAUUGUGUGUGUAUAUGUAUGUGUGUAUACAAGCUUGCUAUCCUGAAUAACCUGAGCUUUAAAACCAACUGAACGAGAACACAUUUUUCACUUCACUCACUGUGAACUGACACUGUAACCAGCUGCACUUGGUAGCUGAGAAUGAAUGAAUUUACGAUUAGUUUCCAAUCCAGUGAAACAAGUGUCGCGUAGAGUUCAGUCACGUGAAACGACAGUGUCGACUUACCCACUAGUUCCACUUUUUAUCCCUUCGGUACCGGUAACAAGGGUCGAGUUACGCGUGGUGUUGAAUAAACAAAAGGUUGCAUAUAUUUUAUAUUAUGUAAUCAAAGAAACUAUAAAGUGAUAUCGCAAGUGACUACCGGAAGCCAUAACAAUAGUACAGUAUAUCGUGUUAGAUUUCGAAAUGUUACAUUUUGUAAAUGUCAUUAUUCAGAAUGUUUCUUUCGACUUUAGAAAGCAAAAUGAGUUGAUUCUAUAGGAAGAUGCAAAACUUUUGGCCAGAGCUGUACACUGUAAUAGCAGUUGUAUUGGGCACAUGUUUCACAGUUUUGGUGGAGGCCUCAUAAAGACCUUUCCACAACAACAGCAGUGUGCAGCACCUCUGGAGCCUCCUGUACUAUAGGGUAGAGAUCCAUUCAGCAAACUGCUUCAGACAGAAGAGAGAUCCAUUCAGCAACCUGCUUCAAACAGAAGAGAGAUCCAUUCAGCAACCUGCUUCAAACAGAACAGAAAUUCGUUCAGCAAACAGAAGUCUGCUGUCUGAGAUUUGCACAGAUUACUGAUCUUGAACACAGCCCCAGAUUUCUGUUAGUCAGUUUGGGAAUGAGGGUUUUCUGAGGGUGGAAUGGGAGGGGGGAGCUGCUGAAAUGUUACAAUUCCAGGAUUUUUUUUUUUGUAUAUCAAUUUAUGAAUUUUUGGCAUGCAGGUUAUUUUUGGUGUCUUUUGUGUAAUAAAAGUUUUAUAGUAUAAAA